AUGUUGGAGUUGUCGGUUGCUCCACUGAAGAUCGGGCGCAUGUACAGUGUGUCGGUAGUGACGGUCUUUUCAUCGACGAUGGUGGUGCGUACGCAAGUUCCCUGCUGCCAGAGCGAGAGGCUCAUCUUUCCCCACUUGUGGUCGUUGAUGCCUUGCGCGACGGCGAUGCCGAACCCGGACACCGAGCCGGUGAUCGCAACUGCAGAGGUGACGCUGGCUGCAGCAGUAGCACCUGCAACUAGCGCGCUGGUUGAUACUCCAAAUACGGACACGACUCCAUUUGCGGCGAGAGCAGAGGCCACAGGAGCAGCAGCGCCAGCCGUGCCGAUGACAGUGGCGAGAGUUCCGACGACCGUGACGGCGAUGCCGGCGAUCUGGAGUGCCGCCUCAUCGGGUCCGAUCUUGCAAGUCCACGGAUCGUCGGUGUUGUUGACAAUGGAAAGGUAG